GGGGAGGAGAUGCAGACGCAUGGCCAGGCUAGACGACACCCGCCGGGUUCCAGGGCCAAGGGCGGCCCGCAAGGUCCUCAACAGGCGCCGGGGUUAUCUAAUCGGCGCCCCGUGACAUGAUAUCAUGAAAGUCCCCCAAACUCUUUCUUUCCUUCAGAAACUCUUUCUUUCACCCACCAGUCUUAUUCUUCUGGCCUCGCUCACUGGCAUUCCUUCCUUUUCUUCAUCAUGGCCGCCAGCAAUGACCUCCGGGGCUGGGUCAUGAGCGCCGUGUCGGGCGUGGCCUGUGUUCUGGGGUCGUCUGUUAUUUGUGCCGAUCUCAUCUUGCGGCGGUUCUCUCGUCGCAAGAGCUUCCAGAUCGUCCACAACAAUGCCUUCUUGUCUGCCUCGCUGAGCCUGAGUGCAGGCGUAAUGCUCUUCACCUCCUUAUAUAGCAUGCUCCCCACCUCCCACAGAUACCUUAUCCGGGCCGGGUUGUCCCCUUCUCUGGCUGCAUACAUGUUGAUCGGGCUGUUUCUGGCUGGCGUGGUCGUCAUUCGUCUGGCGUCGGCCCUUCUACAUCGGUACAUCCCGUCUCAUGUUGUCGACUGUGCCCAUACCCAUGAGCCACAUGCCGGCUCCGAUCAUGAACAUGGUGGCAAACCAGACGGGCAUCUGCAUGCACACGACUCCAACCAUAUGAGCGAGCGGACUCCUCUUUUAACUCGGUCGUACAAGUCUUCCCCGGCCACUGUCACCCUCCCUACUUCGGAAGACCCCUCCGCAUCGAUGCGCGAGGAAUCGUUGCGCAUCCGCCUGACACGCCGCCUGAGCCGUCUGGUUGUUGGAGUUAAACCCCAUUGCGACGAAAACGGUCCCUGUUUUGGAUUUUCGCAGGCAUGUGGUCACGAGUGUACCAAGACGCUCGAGGGCUCGGAAAUCUCUGUCGCGGACGAUGGCACCGUGCGCCCGCCCCUUCCGCACCCCCACAGCAUAUCCGGGCAAAUCGACUCGGCACGACCGGAGGACUUGGAGGCAGGCCUGCCGUCCUCACAGUGCAUCUCCCAUGAGGCGAGUUCUUCUUCGUCCCGGACUGGACUUCUUGACGAUCAUGAUGCGGUGUCGGAGGACGGAACCAAGCUGGGAAAUCCCCAACACCAUCACCAUGUGCCACAGAACGCCUUUCUGUCGAUUGGUCUGCAGACGUCGAUAGCGAUCGCCCUGCAUAAGUUGCCGGAGGGAUUCAUCACCUAUGCCACCAACCAUGCGAGCCCGACUCUGGGUCUCACUGUUUUCCUGGCCCUCUUCAUCCACAACAUCAGCGAGGGAUUUGCCAUGGCCUUGCCUCUAUAUCUCGCCCUUCAUUCUCGCGGCUGGGCCAUGUUCUGGUCGAGCCUGUUAGGCGGCAUCAGCCAACCGGCGGGUGCUGCCCUAGCAGCUCUGUGGAUCUGGGGGGCUCGUCGCGCCAAUGGCGAUGAGGCCACCGGGCCGUCCUGGGGCGUGUACGGUGGCAUGUUUGCUGCGACGGCGGGAGUCAUGGUCUCCGUUGCUCUGCAACUAUUCAGCGAGGGUCUCACGUUGACUCACCACCGGGGGAUGUGCACGGGGUUCGCUAUUGGGGGGAUGGUCCUGAUGGGGCUCAGUUUUGCCCUGACCGCAUAAUCCGACGGCGUUAUUGUCUUCAAGAUAAACAGAUGCAGUGCAUUAUAUUAGACAACUUGAGUCAGAAUAGCAUUUGCGGCGUUAGGUUUUAUGACUGUGAACGAGCAACGACAUCGGUUAUACACUGG